AUGUCGUUCCGUCUGCACAUCAUUCGACAUGCACAGGGCACUCACAAUAUCGCCCACGAUAAAACAAUACCUGAUCCGCCGUUAACAGAAGAAGGUAUACAACAAUCCGAAGACUUGUGUCGCGACUUUCCCUACAAAGAGAAGGUUGGAUUGGUGAUAACUUCGCCACUUCAACGUACACUCCAAACGGCAACAGUGGGCUUCGAACAAUCCAUUGAUCAAAAAUACUAUUCGAAAAGCUCCGGAAGGGGUAUCACAGGUGGUGCGCGAUUAUCCCUUGAGCCAGACGCACAGGCACACUCCUCACGACCGUGCGACACCGGCUCCGAUAUUUCAGUUCUACAGUCACGGUUCCCCGGUCUCUCCUGGGACACAUUAGACAUGGAUUCCACGUUCCCAGCCAAGAAGGGAAUCUAUGCCACUGAUGCAGAAUCGCUACAACUUCGUGGAUGGAGACUCCAGCGCCGAUUGGAAGAAUAUUUCACGCAGUUGCAAAACAGCGAGCGUCCUGACAUCGUUGUUCUUUCACAUGGCGGCUGGCUAAAGUACGUGAUCGGGCAGGACGUUGGAGUAAAAGCUGCCAAGUGGAAGACAUUUGAGGUCUCGUUCGAUGAAGAUUCGAGAAUUGUGGUCGAGUCGUCACUUUCCGAGGAUGCUUAG